AUAAAAAUGAUGAAGUCAUAUUUCACUUUGUUUCUUUUGUUCACACUUUCUUCUCCACCACCUCCUCACAUGGCUCAGAAGGUGGUGCUCAAGGUUCUUACCAUGACGGAUGAUAAAACGAAGCAGAAAGCCAUUGAAGCUGCUGCUGAUAUCUAUGGGGUGGAUUCGAUUGCGGCUGAUCUGAAAGAUCAGAAGCUGACGGUGAUCGGAGAGAUGGACACGGUGGCGGUGGUGAAGAAGCUGAAGAAGGUAGGGAAGGUGGACAUAAUUUCAGUUGGACCAGCGAAAGAACCUGAAAAGAAAGAAGAAAAGAAAGAGGAAAAGAAAGAAGAGAAGAAAGAAGAAAAGAAAGAAGAGAAAAAGGAAGAAGUUAAAGAAGAGAAGAAGUAAUCCAACUUUUUUUUUUUCCUUUCGAUUCAUAUUCAUAAUCUUUAUCUCUAUUUCUAUAAAUCAAAUAAAUUCGAUCCUUCAAAAAAGUGAUAUUUUUCUAGAAUCGGCUAAACGCGUGGAAUGACUCAGAACUGAGUCAUGAGCAGAUGAUGAACUCGAUCCAUAUGAAUGCACAUUUACUUAGCUUCAUUUGCAAGCACUGAAUUACUGUAUCUUUGAAUGUUAGUAUUUUAUUAUUAUUUCUUUGUAAUUUUCUGUGUUUUCAUCUUUGUGGGG